AUGUCUUCCGUGUCAAUUCAGAUUCCUCGUCCUCUUCCCACUCCUCCGCCUACUCAGGCUCAUAACAGCCAGACGUUUUGCGCUCCUCCCUUAGGCUCGUUGACUCUGCCUGAGGUAUUUGAUUGGCACUCGAAGAACUCUCCUAAUCAUCCUCUAUACUCGUAUAUCAAUAUCGAUGGUUCGAUCCGCACCAUAACAUGGGCUGAAGGUGUUCGUGCUGUCCAUCGUGCCGCACGGAGGAUGCGCACGGAAUUGGGUCUUUCUCCUGAUAUUGUGCCAGAUCUGACCGCAGGAAAGCCUGUUGUAGGUAUUUUGGCCGUUUUAGACUCCAUCACGUAUUCUACCCUCGUCACUGGUGUUCAAUACGCAGGAUUUACGCCGUUUCCUAUCUCGCCUCGCAAUUCCCACGCUGCGGUUGUCCACCUUAUAAACAAGGCUUCCGUUUCACACAUCAUCGUAGAGGAAUCAUGCCGUGGUUUGCUCGAGGACGCAUUUCAAUCGCUGAAAUCAGACCUGACAUCUCCAUCUAUGCCGACGACGUCUGUGGCCCCUGUCUUCGAGGAUCUUUAUGUAUCAUCCGACUCCGCACAGGGCGAAGCAAGCGUUGCGUUCGAGACACCUGCAUGGGACUCCAAUGCCAUUAUCAUUCACUCGUCUGGAUCUACCGCAUUCCCCAAGCCGAUUGCAUGGACUCACGGUCGUGCCAUGCAGCUGUCGACAGUACCGUGGUAUGGAGAACGAAAUUUGACCGGUAAACGCAUGGCUUGUCACGCGAUGCCCAUGUAUCACACAAUGGGAUAUCUUCUUCUAGCAUGGGCGGCAUCAUCUGGCCUGGUCUUGAAUAUGUUUAGGCCUCGAUCUCCGGCAACGAAGCCUACAAUCGAGAAUGUCUUCUCUGCUAGUCUGGAAGCUCAUAGCGACAUCAUCUUCACAGUUCCAAGUUUUGUCGAGGCAUGGUCCAAGAACCCGGAUUAUGUCAAGACAUUAUCUGAGCUUGACGGUGUUAUGUUCGGCGGCGGCCCCCUCGGCAAGCAAGUUGGCGACGUCUUGGUCUCUGCAAAUGUGACACUGUUUAAUUUAUAUGGGAGCAUUGACGUUCGCUUGGUUGAUCCAUUGACAAUAGCUGAUUUCAAUAUCGACUGGGAAUAUUUCAGGAUAUCAGACAUUGCCAAGGUCGCUUUUGUCCCCAAUGAGGAGGGCAAGCUAGAGCUUGUCGUGUUGUCAAGCAACCUGAACACGCCCAGCGUCUUUAAUGCUGUGUACGAAGAUGUGCCAGCGUAUGCUACUUCCGAUCUUUUCGAGCCGCAUCCAACGAAGCCCGGAUACUGGAAAAUAUUCGGACGCACAGAUGAUCAGAUUAUGCAUAGCACAGGAGAAAAGACCAAUCCUGGUCCACUAGAGCAUAUUCUCAAUCAAGACCCUCACGUUCGAGCUUCCCUGAUGUUUGGUCGUGGUCAAUUUCAAGCUGGAGUCCUUGUCGACCCGACAUCCGAGUAUCGCUUCGACCCUUCAGAUGAAGAAAAGCUAGCUGAAUUUAGGAAUCUGAUCUGGCCUUCAGUAGAAGAGAUGAAUGCAUACGCACCUCAGCAUUCUCGGGUCUUCAAAGAGAUGAUUUUAGUAUCUUCUCCCUCGAAACCUUUCACCUUUACAGCCAAGAACAGUGUCAGGCGACAAGCAGUCAUUCAAGAAUAUGACGAUGAAAUCAAGGCCAUUUAUUUUGCUGUCGACGAAACUGGGAGAGCCGACAUUCCUUCCCCGACUACGUGGGACUCGGCCAAAAUUUUGGGCUUCAUACGGGCCGUUGUCCAGAAAGUGAUGAAGAAGGAAGUUCAGGACGGAGAUGAUUUCUUUCAGCAUGGAUGUGACAGCUUGCAAGCAACAUGGAUCCGAAACACCAUUCUCCGCAGUCUCAAAGACUCCACGGAUGCCAAUACGCAGGACAUCUCCAAUAGCUUCGUUUAUCAGCAUCCCUCUGUUUCAAGUCUAGCAUCAUUCGUCUCUUCUAUUGCCCAAGGACAGAAUAAUAUCAAUUCUGGAUUGGACAGGGCCCAGGAGAUGAACAUCAUGGUGGCGAGGUACUCGAAGGACUUCCCGCCGCACGUUCCCUCUGCUCCUCAGCCACCGAAAGAUACGAUCUUCUUGACAGGAAGUACUGGAGCACUGGGCUCGAAUAUCCUGGCACUGCUUAUUGCGUCUCCAUCAGUCGCCCGCAUCUAUGCUUUUAACAGAAAAUCACGCAGCUCCAUCCCGCUUCUUGACAGACAGAAAUCGGCUCUUUUGGAAAGGGGUUUGGAUACUUCCCUCGCGGCAUCAAAGAAGGUUGUGCUCGUUGAGGGCGAUGUGACGAAGCAAGAUCUUGGUAUCUCUACUGAAUUAUUGUCUGAGAUUCGUGUAUCAAUUACACAUAUCAUACACAAUGCUUGGCCGGUCAACUUCAACUUGUCAUUAGAGUCGUUUGAGCCACAAGUCAAAGGCCUUCGUCAUCUUGUCGACCUUUCACUGUCAUCUCCGCACCCUUCUCCCCCUCGUGUGUUGUUUACCGCCUCGAUUGGCAUGUUCAACGACAUCACGCGUGCCGAGCCUGUCAAAGAGGUUCCAAUUGGAGCCAACGUGGCUGUCAGUAACGGUUAUGGGGAGUCUAAAUGGGUGGGAGAGACGAUGCUUGCUGAGGCUGCUAAGCAAACGCCCCUGCGCUCGACCAGCAUUCGCGUGGGUCAGUUGAGUGGAGGCAUCAACGGAGCAUGGACGACAGCAGAAUGGCUCCCAUCGCUUGUUCGGUCUGCCAUUCACCUCAAGGCCUUGCCUGAUUGCGAAGGGGAUGUCUCUUGGAUCCCCGUGAAUGUCGCUGCCGCCGCAAUCGUUGAUUUCUGUCAAUCUGAUUCCUCGAUUAUGAACUUGGUCCAUCCUCGGCCUGCAACGUGGUCCUCUAUUUUCUCUGUAUUCGCUUCUGUGCUCAACAUCCCUCUCGUCCCAUACACGGAAUGGCUCGCCCUCUUGCGAAAAUCUGCUGAAGAUGCUGGUGAUGCGCCUGACGCCGAUAGCCUUCACCAGAACCCCGGAUUGCGUCUGCUGGAUUGGUACCAUUCUGCAUUCGCUCACGAGAACGAUAGCGCGUAUCAGUAUGCGGAUACGAUGGGUUUCCCCAAAUUCGACAUGACGAACUCCUUGCAGGCAUCUGGUACAUUAGCCGAUGAGGCGCUACCCCAGCUCGGUGAAGGUGAUGUCAAGUUGUGGGUUGACUACUGGAAGAAGGUCGGGUUCUUUCCUGCUUGA